AUUAAUAUAGAAUUUUUUUUAUCUCUUCCUUUAUCCUCCUGCUUAUAUAAAUUUUUUGUUAGAAAAUCAACUAAUUCCUUAUUAAUAAUGGAUGAUGAAUGUAUUUUGAAAGAAUCUCUAGUUGAUAUUAGUACGAAUCUGGAAAAAAUUCGUAGCACCAAAACAAAAUUAAAAAUGAAAUAUCUUUCUACUAAAGAGACUGCUUCAUUAAUUAUGGAAAGAAUCAAGACAGAGAUAUUUAUUGAGUUUGAUGAAGUUUUAAAGUUAAAACUACAGUCUUUGGAUAAUAUGGAGAAGGAACAAGAAGAAAAAUUUUCACGUUUAAAUAACGAUAAAAACUAUUCUGAAACUGAAAAAUCCAUUUCACUAAUUAGAGAAACCGAAUUACUCGACGAGAAACUCUCUUCAUAUCUAUAUUUCGAUUUUGUAGCUGAUGACACAUUUGAGGCUAAAUAUUCGAUUGGUUACCUUCAAACUUGUCCAGUUAAGCCAGAAAAUUUAACUCUGGAAAUUAAAAACCAAAGAAAAUACAAACUCGGAACAGAGUUAGAAGUUUGGGUUAAAAGUAGUAAACCAUGGCAUUCUUCGUUAUUACGUUCAUUAUCUGGAUGUGCAGAAGACCCAAAUGGGAUGAGAGUGAUACCAAGAAUAAUAGAUAAGAAUGAUGGUUGUUAUAUAUUUUACUUCUGUUUCGAUAGCUGUUUUAGUUAUCGUAUUCAGAUUACAUUAUACGGUCGUCCCAUAAAGAAUAGUCCUAUUAUUGUCGAAAUUGAACCUGAAAUGCCGAAUAAAUCUAACACAAUAACGAAAACAUAACAUUCACCAAAAUGGAAAGAUAAUUGAUGUCAAUGUCGAAAGAUACAUCGUUAAAAAUAAAUCAGGUAAAAGCAGCUGCAUUUCAAUAAAGGAAGACCAGAAUCAACAUGAACAAAAACUAUUUCGAAUUAUAUAUAAAAAAGAACUUAAUCCCAUUAUGAAGUAUCGUAAUGAAACUGAUUUAAAUAUAAACCAAGAAAUUAUAAAUGUCAAUUGUAUGUCAUUUAUAAAACAAAUGUAUUUGAGAACGAAAUGCCAAAUAUUAAAUCUGAAGUGGACAAUAUCAGCGUGAAGAAAACUUAAGACAAUUCAAGGUAGCUUGUAUCUUAAAGGAAAAAUAAUCCUCAGUCUGUGGCGCACAAAAAAUUUAUAAUUUGGUUUUUGGAUGUUCUAGUUAAUAGAUAGCGUUUUUGGCAGAAUGUUUAAAACGGUCAGUGAGGUUUUCAUCCACAACAUUGAUUCUCGUUCUUAAUUAACAAUCUUCGAAAAUUGCCAUCAUAAAAACUUAUAAAAAUUUGUAAUAUUAAUUCAAUAAAAUUCAUUGAUUAUAAAAAUUUAUAUUUUAAAGAAUAAAA